UCUGUGAACGGAGAAUGAAUUGUCAUGUUAGGAACAUGGUCUGCCUAUCUCAGAGAUCACAAGCAAAAUUCAGAAUAAUCCUCCCUAUCCUCAUCUUGAUUGCUGUUGAGUUUGUGCAUCCAACAAUGUCAUGCAAGAAUGAGAACUGCACCCAGCUUCUUCACCGUAGUCUGAAGCUCACUAGGUUGAUGAGCAAAAGGACAGCAGAGCUCUUAGAAACAUAUAAAGCCAGUCAAGGAGAUUCUGCAGACCUGAUCUGUGAUAUGCAAAUGGACAAUGUUCCAGUAUCAACCAUCUCUGGCCAGACCAUGUCGGAGCGCAUCUUGAGUGUUUAUACCCACCUGAAAGAGUUUCUUCCGCACAUGAAGACAGUGAUGGAGCAGCAGAAAGACUUAAAUCCUCCAACAAACCCUGUGGUGGAGGGGCUUCACAGUAUGAUUACACAUGUUCGCCACAUUGCUCUGAGGGUGAACUGUAUCUUACAAAUCCUGCAGCCAAAUAUACCCAUUCCUGAGCCAGCUGAAAGGCCAACGGGAGUUCCCCCUGCGCAAAAUAUUUUCCAGCAGAAAGCCUAUGGAUGCAUUGUUCUGUCUCGGCUUCAGGAGCUCCUUAGUCAAGCAGUUCAAGAACAGAAGUCUCUUAAGGGGAAAAUGUGCAGAAAGAGGACCAAAAAUGGUUCUUGAUGAACUCUGUUCUGUGGCAUAAAACAAUAUUGACGUAAUUUAUUAAUAUUUAUUUUUGUACAUCUAUAACUGUUGAAGAGA